UCCGGGCGGGAAGUUCAGAUGUGUUUUGAUUCGAUGUAGCACACGUCCAGCUGCUUUGGUUAGCUUACUCUACCACAAAUAUCGAUUUUAACGGAAUUUUAACUGUGACUACAGGACAGCAGUCAUGAGCAGUAACACCGGGGAGAGGAGCAGCUCUGCUCCCAGGUGCUUCGGACAGUUGACCUACACAGCUGAAGAGCACCAGGCGGUGGACAGAGCUCUGCGGCAGAAGCUGGGCCCCGAGUACAUCAGCUCCAGGAUGGCUGGAGGAGGACAGAAGGUUUGCUACAUUGAAGGGCACCGUGUGAUCGGCCUGGCCAAUGAGAUGUUUGGAUACAAUGGGUGGUCUCACUCCAUCUCUCAGCAGAAUGUCGACUUUAUAGACAUCAUCAACGGGAAGUUUUACGUCGGAGUCAGUGCUUUUAUCAAGGUGAUGCUGAAGGACGGUGCGUUUCAUGAAGAUGUGGGGUAUGGAGUCAGUGAAGGUCUGAAGUCCAAAGCUCUGUCGCUGGAAAAGGCCAGGAAGGAAGCUGUCACGGAUGGCAUGAAGAGAGCACUGAAAUGCUUUGGUAAUGCUCUUGGAAACUGCAUCCUGAAUAAAGAAUACCUCAUGGCCAUUAACAAGAUCCCCAAAAAGCCUCCUCCUCCUCUAGACCCGGCCAAGACCAAGCGCAUCGAGGGGGAGCCCUCUGUGGAGAAAGCCCGCUUCUCCAGUCUGGUGUGGGAGGAAAAGAUUGCACCUGCGACGAGCAACGGCAGAAAUGUGCUGGAGCCCAAAGUCCUCAACCAGAACCAGAACUACUCAGAGGUCCACACCCCGACUGCCCCUGCUGGCAGGAGGAGUGAGGACAUGGACGCCAGACCUUCCAUGGACUCGAUGGACGGUGGCGGGUCAGAAUCGCACACAGACCCCAAACAGCUGAGAAAGCUCCGACAGCAGCAGCUUCAAGAGAAGUUCAGGAGAGAGAUGGAGAAGAAGCUGCAGCUGAAACCAGAUCAAGCUAAGUUUGAGGAUUCAGAGCUCGCUAUUGGACGGGGACCCAGCACAGGUGAAGGUCACCAUGGUGCUCCAGCCUUCAGUGAGACCUCAGCAGGACUCAUGAAGCCCGGCGGCGGGGGGGAACAUCUAGCAGAUGAUCCUGCGCUCUGGGACUUCACUCUGGAUGCCAUCGAUGAACUGGAUGUCCCUGCAGACGACCCUCAUCCCAAAGGUCUCCGGCCCACCACGCCCUCAAGUCACAAGAUGCACACCCGCAGUAAGACCCCUCAGAGGGCCCCGGACAGGGCCCCUUCGUACAGCGGAGCACAGGACCCGGCUCAGUGUCAGGCGGGGCCAGGUGAAGUCCUCAGUCCAUACAGACAGGGACAGUACAUGAAGAAACGCCGACUCGACACCUGACAUGUUCUGAUGCUCCGGUGAUCUUCAUCACCACUUGUAAAAUGUAUUUUCCUCUUUUGUUUUAAUAUUUAUUUCAGUGUUUCCAUUGAAUUUUAAUUGUAUCUAUUUCUGAUAUUUGGAUAUAUGGUUUUGUAAGAAAAUAAAAAAA